AGUUUCAGUUACAUGCAAACAACAACACAUUCUUCUAUCGUACAAUGAAAACGCAAAACGAUUCUCCAAAACUUCGUCACCACACUAAUCGGCAACUAAUUUCACGUUUACUUCCUUCUCCUAAUUCAUCUUCCAUUGAUUCCACCGAAUUCCCUUCCCCUUCCUCUGUUAUACGUAAAUCAUCAUCCACUCCCUCCGACAUCAACAAUCGGAGACACAAAAUUAACGAUGACUCUCUUUUCAACCGCUACCAACAACUCUGGCCUUCAACCGCCAAAAUUAAUAAUAACUCCGGCGGCACACUCGCCGAUCAGAUCAACGAAGACAGAAUCAUAGAACAAAAUUCCAAACAUAAACAAAAGAGUAACAGAGAGUGUAAAUAUUUUGAAUUACACGAUGAAAUUAGAGAAACCGGUGGUUCUGCGAGAUUCACAGGAAAAUCGAUGAAGAAACUCAAUUUUAACGGUUCCGUUAUUGUUCCGGGAAGAUUUUCAUUAGACGAAAAUGCGAAACCGUUUUUGAAGAGAAAUUCGAGCUUAACGAGUUCGAUUGAUAUCGAAUCUCGUUGUAGCGACGAGGGAUUGGUUUCUCCGGCGAGAAAAUCUGUAGUUGAGGUUCCUUCAAGGUUUAUGAGUGAUGCAACGAUUAGAAGAGCUAGAAGAGGUGCUUCGGAUACAAACAUUGGGAAUUUGAACGGUGGUGAUUUGUCGAAACCGGUGAUUAAGAGGACUAAUUCGGUUGCGGGGUAUAAGAGUUCUAAGACGCAAUGGGCUUUGUCGCCUGGGAGAUCAGAGUUUUUGAGUAGUCCUACAAAGGUGAAAAGAGUUGAAAAAUUUCUUAACUUUGGUUUUGAUCUUUUUAAGAGUAAGAAAUCUGUUGUUCUUAAUUCGUUGCCGGUUGCUUUUGGAAAUAAUGAAGAUGUUUAUAAGCUUCGUUUGCUUCAUAAUCGUUUGAUUCAGUGGAGAUUUGUAAAUGCUAGAUCACAUGUUGUGAAUGCAAAUAUUUCUCCUCAUGCCCAGAGCAAUUUGAUAUGUGUCUGGGAUGGUCUCACCAAGUUGCGGUAUUCUGUUAUGAAAAAGAAGAUACAAUAUGCUAGAGAAAAGCUUGAAAUGAAGAUAGCUUUUAUGUUGUAUUAUCAAUUAAAGUUAUUAGAAGCUUGGGGGGGAAUGGAAAGACAACAUAUAUCAACAAUUAAUGCCACUAAAGAGUGUUUACAUUCUGCUGUAUGCAGAGUUCCUCUUUUGGAAGGUGCUAAGGUGAACAUACAAUUUACAUCAAUUGCUAUUCGUCAGGCCUCCGAACUCACCGCUUCCAUUAAAUCAUUAUUAACAUCUUUUUCACAUGCAGUUGACAAGACUGUUGCAAUGGUAUCAGAAUUGGCAAAAGUUGUUGCACAAGAGAAGCAACUCUUAGAAGAGUUUUAUGAUCUCUUACAAACCACAUCUCUCUUUGAGCUUCAAGAAAGAAGUGUAAAUUGCAGCCUCAUUCAAUUUGAAGGUUGGCAAAGGAAAUAUCAACUAAUGUUGAAGUCCAUUCUAGGUUGCUGCAAAGUAUAUAUAUCAGAGAGCAGAAACAAGAGUGCAUUGGAAUCAAUUGAAAGAGCUGCUAAACUUUUUCCACUAGCACCAAUAAUUAACAAGUUUGAAGAUGUUGCUUACAAUAGAGUUGGUUACACUCUUGUAUCUGAGUUGGAUUCAGUGUCUUCUGCACAGCCAUGUCAUUUGACAAAUGCUGUGUUGGCUAUGGUAAAAGCUGCUUUUGAGAAUAUUGAUUUUGAGCUUCAUAGUGGAACUCAUCCUAGAGUUGGUGUUGUGGACCAUAUAUGUUUUCAUCCUCUUGUUGAUGCUUCAUUGGAUCAAGCAGCUAGGACUGCUAGGUGUUUGGCCACUGAUAUGGGUUCUAGUUUGCAAGUUCCUACUUUCUUAUAUGGAGCAGCACAUGAAGAGGGAAGAACACUUGAUUCAAUCAGAAGAACCUUUGGUUAUUUCAAACCAAAUUCAAGCGAAAACCAGUGGAUUGGUGUGCCAAAAUCAAACACUUUACCACUAAAACCUGAUAGUGGUCCAUGUCAAGUUACUCCAACAAAAGGUGUUGUUGUCAUUGGAGCUACCAAUUGGGUAGAUAACUACAAUGUCCCUCUAUUAACUUCCAAUAUCAGCGUCGUUCGCAGAAUGGCGAAACAGAUUAGUGGAAGAGGCGGUGGACUCGCUUCUGUGCAGGCCAUGGCACUUACACAUGGUGAAGGUGUCAUAGAGGUAGCUUGUAAUUUGUUGGAUCCAAAUAAAGUUAAUGGUGAAAGAGUUCAACAAGAAGUUGAAAAGGUUGCAAAGGAAGAAGGUAUUUCUGUGGAGAAGGGAUACUACACAGAUUUUUCACAGGAUGAAAUUGUUAAAAGUUACUUGAAGAUAUUGGAAGAGAGAAUUUGAUGAUGGAAAAUUACUUUGUCAUGCACUGAGAAGUUUUUUUUUCCUUGUUAAAUUUUCAUUCUAGUGUAAAAUUGGUCUUUCCUUGAAAGGAAAAUUUAUGUACUAACUUUUCAUACAAAGCUUAUCCAUAAUUUUUACCUCAUUUUUCAAGUGAUCAUUAUACAAAUCCUAAAAGAGUU